AUCCGUCUUGCGGGCGCUUGUUGGCGACUUGUCGCCAUCGCUGUGAGGGGUCGCAUCGCAUCGGAUCGGAACGGUCGAGCCGCCUGCCUACCUGCCUCAGGAGCGCGGGGUGGGGGUCACCAGAAGCCACUGGACUCCGUCUACUAACCUCCAAGGGCUUGUUCGGAGCCCAGUUCGUCCCCCACCCCUCCGACUCCGUUUUUCUCUCCGCCCCUGUUCCUUGUUGUUUUAUUUUCGCCAUUUUCCAGACUGGUCACGAUGCAGAGGUCGCCAUGAUGAAGAUUGAAGUCAGGCCUAGUAACGCGAUGCGCUGUGGAAAAUCGGUUGGCACAACCAGCCCGGUCGUUCCCAUUGAGCUGUCGGAAGCUGAUGCUGGAAAAUCCAGAUAUGGAAAAGAAAUCUACACGAUCCGCCUCGGCAGGGCCCAGCAAGGCGCCGCCCCCGGACAGUAAAACCAAACAAGAUGGUAAAUGUGGAAAUGGAUCAAAACGCUACAACAGAAAACGAGACACGACUUUUCCCAAAAAUGAAAAUGUAUGCAACCAGACCAGGCGCUCCAUUCCACAGAAAAGCAAAGCUUUUGACAAGAGACCCCCUGCACGUGGUGCCAACAAAUCCUUUAGCACUUUUGGUAAUGGUGGUAGACGGGAGGAGGUAGCAGAGGUGCAAAGGGCAGAGUUCAGCCCUGCCCAGUUUACUGGUCCUAAGAAGAUAAGCCUAAACCACUUGUUAAAUUUUACAUUUGAACCUCGUGGCCAGUCAGGAUCACAUUAUGAUGGCAGUUGUCACGGACGCUGGGGUAAAAGGAACAGGUGGGGACAUAAACACAAGCCAUUCAACAAGGAGCAGUUUCUGCAAGCCAACUGUCAGUUUGUGGUUUCCGAGGAGCAGGACUACAGUAUUCACUUUGCUGACCCAGAUACAUUGGUGAACUGGGACUUUGUACAGCAAGUGCGUAUAUGUAGUCAUGAAGUCCCCUCGUGCCCAAUCUGUUUGUAUCCGCCCUCUGCUGCAAAGAUUACUCGCUGUGGGCACAUCUACUGUUGGGCAUGUAUUCUUCAUUAUCUAUCCCUGAGUGAUAAGACCUGGGGCACAUGCCCUAUCUGUUAUGAAGCUGUCCAUAAGAAAGACUUAAAGAGUGUGAUUGCCCUGGAAACUCGGCAGUAUAAUGUGGACAAUACGAUGACCAUGCAGUUGAUGCGUAGGGAGAAAGGUACUCUGAUGGUUUUACCCAAAUCCAUGUGGAUGAGAAUUGAACCAAUUCACUUGGGAGUGGAUGAAGAACACCGCCAGUAUUCAAAAUUGCUUCUGGCUUCAAAGCAGCAAGUUAUGCAGCAUGUGAUAGAAAAAGAGAGAGCAGCUCUACUGAGAGAGUUUGAGGAGGAAAAGAAUACACCUGAAUCUUGCUUCAUUGAACUGGCCUUGCAAGAAUUAAAGAAUCGUGAGCAAGAGUUGCUGGGACCUCCAGAGAAGGAUGUUCUUGACACAAUGUUUAAACUUGAGGAACUGACCAUUGAUUCAGACCCUGUUGUAGAGAUUGAUCAUAAUACAUCCGCAGGCGACAAGAACCAACAUGUAUUGGCCUACGCAUCUGCAUUUGAUGAAAUUAUUGAUGAACCACAAGAAGAGGCCAUUGCCAUGUGCUGCACUGCCUUGAAUGAAUCGGUCACUCUUUCAGAAUCAGUGGAUGAUUGUGAAGUAACAGAAGGAGCUUGCGGUGAGACUGAAUGUGGACAAGAUGAAUCAGAACUUUCAGCUGAUGCUAUCAAAGGAAGAUUGUCAACAAACUACUACUAUUAUUUCUACCAGGCGGAGGAUGGACAAUAUAUGUUUCUGAGCCCAGUGAACGUGCGAUGCCUGGUGAGGGAGUAUGGUAGUCUGGAGAACUGUCCUGAACAGAUCACUGCUUCAGUAGUCGAGAUUGUGGGGCAUUCAAUGACAGAGGAUGUACGACACAGACACCGUUAUUUGUGUCAUCUGCCAUUGACCUGUGAGUUUAGCAUUUGUGAGCUGGCCCUGACACCACCUGUGAUUUCGAAAGAAACGUUGGAUGCUUUUGCAGUUGAUCUGGACAGAAGGAAAUGUCUUCGCUUGAAGAAAGCUCGGGAUGAGCGUCGUAGGGAACGUAGGAUUGAAAUGGAAGAAAAUGAAAAGCAAGGCAAAUAUCUAGAAGUACACAUUGGACUGGAAAACUAUCAGCAAUUCCCAGCAUUUGGCGCAACAGAAAGUGCGCAAUUUAUUGUUUCCGUUGCCAACUCUGAUGGUGACUCUCUGCCUUCAAACAGUCUUUCAGCCAGCACAACAACCCUUAGCAGCAGUCCUAAUUCACUGCCAGAAUCAACAUUGAAUCCAUCAGCCCCUGCAUUUAAUCCUGGAAGUCCUUCUCUGUGUGUUGGUAGCAUGGAGGAUGAUGUUCACUUUCCUUCAUUUGCUCAGAUGCUGAAGGAUGGGAAGGCAAAAGCAGAAGUGUGGUCCAAAGUAUCUCCAAGAAAAGCAGAAACAAGUUUGAUGCCUCCAGCAGAUAGUGACGGAGAGAGUGAUAUCUCGGACCGUGUACCUGUACCCAGCUUUCAGAAUUCCUUCAGUCAGGCUAUGGAAGCAGCCUUCCUCAAGCUUGAUAAUGUUCCAGUCCCAGAGCUUUGUGCAGAAGAGAAGAAUGGGAAGAAGAAGAAAAAAAAGAAGAAGCUUCUCUUCAGCACUUCAGUAGUUCAUACAAAGUAACGUAGACAGCCAUUGCCUGCUUUGCCCAUCCAAGCGCCACAGUCAGCCUCUGCCCAUAUUUACAUAAGUUACUGUCUGGGUGAGAGUGUUUUGUUUUUAAUUUGCUGCUGUAGUUUCAGAUACUCAAUCUUGGUUGUUUUAUUUUGGUUGUAUUUCAAAUCCAUAAGGGAUUGGAAAGGGGAUUUUGGUUGAGUGGUUUGUAAAUGACUGUUUGCCUCCUGUUUAUGAUGUAUACAAAUUUAUUACAGUUGUAAAUCAAACCCCAUAACAAAUUCAUGCAUUCGGAUUACUCUGGAUUUUUUUUUUAAUAAAGAAAUCUCCAGUAAAACCCAAGCUUAAUCUGCCACGGUGUGUAGAAUUUCACUGGAGAAUGAAACAAUUGCAUAGCAUUGUUGGCCAUUGUAGAAAUAUUUGGCGUGUAAUUUCUUAGCGCAUCACAAAAUUAGUUGACUGUCCUCUCCCCAUUGCCGAACAAUAUUGCAGUUUUACAAAGUAUCCUUCCGCCUGUUUCCAAAGCGCACCUAAUUGGUCGUAUUCAGAAUAUAGAAUUAGUAGCAGUGAGUUCCUCACCCCGUUCUGUUCGGUGGUAAAACUUAGCGGCUGGACUUCCCCUUUUUGCUUUUGAAGAUUUUACUUAGAAAAGUGGUGUAUCAUUUUAAGAAAGUGGAUGCAAAGCGUCUAAUGAAGUGUUGUGUUCAGCUUUGUUACUUUUACCCUUCACUUUACUUUAAUGCAGCAGCAGAGUAACAGGUACAAUAAAAGACUAUUGUGCACCA